AUGAAGCCUUCUAGUUUCCUUCCGUUUGGCCUCGGGCUUGCCAACGCCGUUGGCGCUACACGUCUUUCCAUGUCUGGCCGCCGGUCAGACGUUGAUCCCUACAACCUUCAACGUCGGACGUCUAUCGGCGGGAACAUGAACGUUACGUCGGCCAGUAACCUACAAUAUGUUAUCAACUCAACGCUCGGGGGCGAGGCGAUCUCGAUCAUGAUCGAUACUGGGAGCUCGGACUUCGUGUGUUCGAAGAAAAUCAACAACGCGACCGAUCAAAAGUACAACGAGUCGGUCAGCUACGCGGGUGGCAGCGCCCUCGGCGAAGUCUACUCCGCCACACUCCACUUCGCAGACUACGUUAUCCCCGACCAGUUCUACAUUUACGACAGCAGCUCAGACGCCUUCGGCAGUCUCGAUGGCCUCGUUGGUCUCGGUCCCUCCGCUGGCUCGGCCGUGCGCACCGGGGGCCCCAACAACUCCAAGGCAGACCCGCCCGUCGACCGCAUCUUCCUGAUGGACAACUCUACGGACAACUACAUCACGAUCCUGCUGAGCCGCUCGGACGACCCCGACGAACCGUACCCAGGCGAACUGACCGUCAGCGAGGCGAUCCCGGACCACGCGGCAAUCCUCAACCAGACGAAGCUCGAGAUCGCGCAGGUGGCGCUGGACCUGCAGCACUGGCAGGUGUACCUCGACGAGGACGGCAUCAAGGGCCCCGAUGGACAGCGGAUCUCGAUCAAGUCGAACGUGACGGACUCGAAGUACCCGAAGAACGCGUCGGUUGUAUUCGAUACUGGAUUCUCGCUGCCGCAGGUCCCUGGCUACGUCGCGGAGGCCUUCUACGGCAAUGUCUCCGGCGCCUCGAUGCAGAACAUUUCCGGCCUUGGCAAUGUAUGGGUGCUACCCUGCGAUGUCGAGCUCUCCGUCUCUUUCUUCUUCGCCGGCGUUGAGUUCCCAAUCCACCCUCUGGACCUGAACUUUGACAGCUUGGGAACGCAAUCCGAGAAUGAUACUGAGUACUGCGUCGGAGCUUUCCAGCCAUUUAGCUUCGAUCAAGAGGAAGCAGGCGUCGUCCCUUAUGACAUGAUCCUUGGCAUGGCGUUCCUGCGCAACGCAUACAUGCUCAUCAACUUUGGCGACUACAUCGAUGUCGACACGCCCAAAGACGGCGCCGCGUACAUCCAGCUCCUCCCGCUGACGACCAACACCACCGAGGCCUCCGCCGACUUCAAAAAGGAGCGCCAGCAGCAGAACGAGGACGACAGCUCGCCCACCGACAAGGCCAAGAACGAGGUCACCGAUCUCUGGAACAAGGUCACCGGCCACACGGGCAGCCUCUCCACCGCCGCCGUUGGCGGCAUCAUCGCCGGCGUCGCGGCCGUCGCGCUCGCGCUCGUCGGCGGCCUGAUCUUCUGCUGCAUGCGCAGGCGGCGCGGCAGCAAGAGCGCGUCUUCCUCCGCCGCGGCGGGUGCGUCGUACGCACAGUGGAUGCCGGGAUACGGGAACUCGUACCGCGGGCUCAACGAGGCGACUCCUGCUGGGGCGGACGACAUGCGCAUUCAUUCGGCGGCGCAGCCUGGGUCGCAGCAGCAGUACAGUACUGCUUGGGACCAUCACCACUAA